AUGGAUAAAUUCAUUGCUAGCAUUCGCCGAAAGUACAAAGAGAGAUCCUUAAAUCGUGAAGAGCAAUGGCCACCAGUUUCUGGAGAGAGGCUCAUUAACUUGCAGUUAGUGGAGACUGACAAGAAAGAAGGAUUUAGAGCAGGCUUGCCACAACAUGGUGCACCUGAUGAUAAUGUCAAGCGUACUCCAAUUCUCCAUGGUGACCUGUUCAAAAUCGAAAAAAACAAAAAACCAGUCAAGAAGCUCAUUGUUGAAGGCAAUGCUGGGAUUGGUAAAACCACACUGUGUACCAUGCUUGCUGAAGGGUGGGCAAAGGGCAAGAUCCUAACACAAUUUGACUGUGUUCUGUUGCUUCCACUGAGAGAACAUGGAGUAUCCUCUGCCACAAGUCUCGCUGAACUGUUCAAACUUCUCCACUCCAGUGAGAGGAUCCGCACAUCUGUUAUAGAAGAGUUGGAGGAGAGAGAGGGAGAAGGUGUCCUCAUCAUAGCUGAUGGCUGGGAUGAGCUUAGUGCAGAAAAUUGUUUGAAAAUGUCCUUUCUUUACAAGCUUUUCUUUGGUGAUUUUCUUCCAUUUGCUUCUAUUCUUCUAACGUCCCGACCUUCUGCUUCAGCUCCUCUUCACAACCUUCCUUCUGUGAAUCGCUUGGUUGAGGUAGUUGGUUUUAAUGAGGAGAAUAUCAAGCAGUACAUAGAAUCAGAGUUUGAGCAAUUCCCGGAGAAAGUAUCUUCUCUUAUCGAGCAACUUGAGAACAACCCAGUCAUUCAGAGUGUGUGUUCUGUGCCCCUCAAUUGUGCCAUUGUUUGUAACUUGUGGCACAUUUUAGAUCAAGAGCUUCCUUGUACGCUAACUGAGCUGUACACUCAAAUUGUUCUUAGCAUUAUCCUUCGCAAUGUCAAAAAGAAGUUCCCUGAUUGUCCAAUUAGCCUCAAUGGGUUUGAUGAGAUUCCGAAUGACCUGCAAGACGUAUUUUGGUUGAUUUGUAAGUUUGCUUACGAGUGCUUAUUAUUAGAUCAGCUGGUUUUCUCAGAAGCUAAAUUGUCCUCUCGCUUACCUGAAGUUGGUGACAAGUUGCUGUGCUUUGGUCUGUUGCAGUCUGCACGAUCACUUCUACCUGUCGGUCAUGGCCUGUCUUUUCACUUUGCUCACCUGACCAUCCAGGAGUUCUUGGCUGCCCUCCAUCUUGCUACUCUAUCCAAUAAAGAGAAACUGAAGGUUGUUAAGGCUCAUUCUAAGAGUGGACGUUUUUACAUGGUGUGGAGAUUUAUGUUUGGUCUUGCUAGUAAGCACCAUGGUAGCCGUAGCGAUAAGGUGAUCAGUUUGGAUGAUGGUUUGAUGGAUAAAUGUCUUGUGGCUGAAGAGUUUUAUCAUGGUGUUUUGGCUUUAUGUCAUGCUGCUUUCGAAGCUUCAGACCCUAGCAUCUCAACAGAAGUUUGUAGAAGGUAUGGAAAAUAUCUAUUAGACGGUCAUUUCUACACUCCCUUUGACCGUGUAGCUAGCUUCUAUGUUCUUCGUACUGCUGAAAUAUGUGAUGAUUUGGUUAUCAGAAUGGGUGUUUGUGUAAUGAAUGAUAAACUAUUGAAGGAAAUAACUGACAUACUUUCUAAUGCAAAUGGUAAACUGCAAGUCCAACAGUUACACCUCCAGCAGACUAAGUUGUCUGACAAAGGUGUUGCUGAUCUAUUCAAGAGAGCCUCAGCUGCCUUUACAACUUUAGAACAUCUCCUUCUGCAUCACAACAACUUCACUGACAUCAUGUCAUCAUUCACGCAAACAUCUUGUAUGAGCCUCAGAAAACUGGACUUAUCUCAAAAUCCUCUUGGAGUUUCUGGUAUACAGUCAUUAGAGACAGCUGUACGGGCAGGAGUUCUUGUUAACAUUAGGUCGCUGUUCUUGUCCAACACCCUCACUGAUGAUGCUGACGUCAAUGGAGCUCUACUGACCACCCUCUUACAGUCCAUUGCCUCUCACUGUGCUGAACUGAGACGCUUAGACCUUUCUCAUAAUAAUCUUGGUUUACCUGGAUUAUGUUCAGUUGUGGAGAACAUUCCGCUACGAUUGGAUGACAUUGAAUUAUCAGCUACCCAUCUCACCACUUCAUUUCACUCAGAGUCUCAAUACACAGUCACCUGUGAGAUGCUGAACAUCAACGCAAACAGUUUAACGAUGAUGGAUCUGAUUGGCUCUAAUUUCAGUGGAGCUGCUGGAACUCUUUUACUGGCGAAGUUUCUUCAAGCAUUUCAAUCACUGAAACGUCUUUACUGCCUUGACUGUUCUCUCACCUCUGCCGACAUCAUAAUGCUUAUCCACCAUCUCAAGUCUGCUAAUGUGGUAUGUAAGACUUUAAAUAGGUUGUAUCUCAACAACAACUCCAUUGAUGAUGAGGGAGUGAUGGCUUUCACUGAGUGUCUACCAGAGCUGUUUCCUAGACUGAACAAGUUUGAGUUAAAAUUCCAGGAUGGCGUUAUUCUCCGUGGUAAUCCUGUGAGCAAGGAGUUGACACUCAUGUGCAACGAAUACUUGAAGGUCUUGAAGAAAGCAACCCCAGUAACAAGUUUACCUCCACAAAAUGAAGAGAUGAAUCGUGUUUUCCAUUAUUUUGGGGAUAUGUUACUGUCGAAGAACAUUUACGUGGCUGAAGCGAUCUCUUCAGAUGAUGAUAAUAAUGACAGCAUUGAUUCAUGGUAUUGCACUAACGAACCAGUAGAACACCAUCCAAUAGAUGAGGUUGUGGAUACAGUGGACACUCCUAGUGAUGUCACUGAUCCAGACACUCUCAUCAAUGAACAGAGCUUCUCUCAAGCAUCACCAGUAGAGCACCACCCCACAGCUAGUGACGAGGCUACUUGUACUACAACCCUGCAGUCUACACACAGAACAGACCAGCACACAACAGGAGCUAGUGAACCGAGGACUGUGACCAUUGAGGAAUUGAAGGAGCGUACAAAAGUAACUGACUCUCAACUUGACACUGAAAUUGAAGAGACAGACAUGUUGGACAUGGCAGCUUACUUUGACAAUGUGGAGACCUACCCUGCUAUGUUGGGGCUGAGCCCUGCUGAACAGAAAGAUGUUAAAUAUGCUUUGUUUCUCAAUGACAUGCAAACAGCAAUGUUUCAUACUCUAAAGGUGUGGAGACAGCAUAAUCCAAGUGCAGCCACGUACCGAGCACUAGUGGACAUUGUACUGGAUAUGAGAAUGAAAGAAUUGGCCACUUACAUUUGUCAGUCAGCAGCUAGUGUUGCAAGAAUCAGAGGAGUAUCGACAGGCGCGAUGCAGCUAUAACCAUUAGUCUUUGAUUGAACGCUGAUUAUCUGCCCAUGCCGUGUGUUAUUAUACUGAGUGUAAAGGGUAAUAUGUAGGCGAUUGAAUAUGCUACAACAUAA